CUGGCAGGAGUAUAUAAAGGGCUGCUGACCCUGCUUGGUCUCCACAACCCAUGUAAGAAGCAGAAUGGCUUUCCCCUGGCUCCUGCCCUGCUUUGUCUUCCUGGGCGCUGCCCAUGGCUGCGGCCUCCCUGCCAUCCAGCCUGCCAUCAGCGGCUAUGCACGAACCGUGAACUGCGAGAUGGCGGUUCCUGGAUCCUGGCCCUGGCAGGUCUCCCUGCAGAACACCGGCUUCCAUUUCUGCAGCAGUUCCCUGAUCAGCGAGAACUGGGUGGUCACGGCUGCCCACUGCAGCGUCAGCACAAGUCACCGUGUGGUUCUGGGGGAAUUUAACCAACGCUCUCCGACUGAGGAUGUGCAAGUCCUGCAGAUCGCCAAGGUAGGGGGCUGCCGAUGUUUUCAAGAACCCCGUUUCAGCAUGUUAACCGUGAAGAAUGACAUCACCCUGCUGAAGCUGGCUUCCCCAGCCAAACUGACAGCCCACGUGUCCCCUGUGUGCCUGCCUGAGUCCACCAAUGACUCCCCUGGAGGCCUGACCUGCAUGACCACGGGCUGGGGCCUGACUGAUCCCACGGCUCAGAACACCCCAGAUGAGCUGCAGCAGGCGGCCCUGCCCCUGCUGACCAACAUGCAAUGCAAGACCUACUGGGGCUUCAGGAUCACUGACGUCAUGAUCUGCGCCGGUGCUGCUGGAGCCUCCUCCUUCAUGGGCGACUCUGGCAGCCCCCUGGUGCGCCAGAAGGACGGUGUCUGGACCCUGGUGGGGAUCAUCUCCACCUGCUCCCUCUCCACGCCUGGUGUUUACGCCCGCGUCACCAAGCUCAGGGCCUGGAUCGACCAGACCAUCGUGGCCAAUUAAUGGAGCAGCACGUUCCCAGCGUGAUGGGUCAAUAAAGGCACAUCAGAG